AUGAUCUCCAACGUCCUCGCUCGUUCCGCCAUGCGUGCUUCUUCUCGUCAAGUUGUCCGUUCUGAUCUUUACCAUUUCUCUAACGCCAACGGUGCUAACGUUCCUUUCAACACCAAGAACAGAGCUGGUCUUGCCAUCAAGAUGACCUUGUAUUUGGGUCUCGGUUUCGCCGCCCCUUUCCUUGGUGCUGCCUGGCAAUUCUACAAGGCUGGUUAAAUCUAACCCGUCUUCUUAACUUGUAAUCAUCAACCCAACAUACAGUAAUAUUUCCAAAACUAACUAAUGUGUAUUGGAAUAAAAGAAUAUUUUUUUUGUCUAA